CAUGAAUUCGAACAAGAAAAGAUAUUACUAUCUGCUGAAAACACUACCCUAAAUUAUAAAAAAAUGAAGUUAGAAGAAACUCUAUCUAAAGAAAGAAAUAAAUUAAUGCGGAUAAAGGAUAAUUUAACUUUAGCACAAAAGGUAUUAUUAGAGAAAGAUUCUCUUCUUCAAGAAGCUAAUGCUUAUUUAGCAGAGCAGAUUUUAAAAGUAUCUGAUGAGUCAAAGUAUAAUGAAGUGAUUGGAGGUAUUAGCAGACUAGAGAAAG